AUGGGUCCCCGGGUAGUGGCGUCUGCGCUGGCGCUCUCCUGCCUGGUGCUGGCGAAUGCCUCGCUGGUGUCAGCGGCCACGGCCGCGGAAGACACGGAAGUGGCGCCAGUCGUCAACGUCGAGCAGGGAAAGGUGGCGGGGUCCACCAUGCUGUCGCGGCGUGGGAAGCGCUUCUUCGCCUAUGUGGGCAUUCCGUACGCCGAGCCUCCACUCUGGGACCUCCGCUUCGAGGUUGCACAGAAGCCAGACAAGUGGGACGACGUUUUCAACGCAACGAAAGAAGGAAGUCCCUGCCCUCAGCUGAAUGCGGAGGGGAAGUACAUCGGGAACGAGGACUGCCUGUACAUCAACAUUUUCACACAUAUGGUUCCGGAUGAUGGCGACGUGGACGACAUUAUCAGGGUGAUGAGGGACGUCAUUGUGGUGAUUCACGACGGCGGCUUCACAACGGGCAGCGGCAGCUUGUCCAGGUUCUCUCCAGAACAUCUCAUGGACCACAACGUCGUUCUCGUCACCUUCAACUAUCGGCUCGGCCCGCUGGGCUUCCUGGCGGCUGGGGAUAUGUCGCUGCCUGGCAACGUGGGCCUCAAGGACCAGUCGAUGGCGCUGCGCUGGGUGCUGCGUAACGGCCCCAUGUUCGGCGGCAACCCGCACAGCGUGACGCUGCUCGGCGUGGAGGCGGGCGCCGCCAGCGCGCACUACCACAUGUUCACACACCUCUCCUUCCGCAAGUUCGCGCGCUCUGUCUCGCUGUCCGGGACGGCGCUGAGCCCCUGGGCGCACGUGUCGACGGCGGAGGCGCGGCGGCGCGCCUUCCGGCUGGGCGAGCUGGUGGAGUGUCCUCCGGAGCAGCUGCACGACGGUCAGGGGCUGCGGCAGUGCCUCUCCAAGAAGCGCGCCAAGUACCUGGUCCGGAAGGCCGCCAAAGUACUCGACGGGUUCGGCCGGCCGGCGUGGCCCUUCGUGCCCGUGACGGAGCCGUUCCUGGGCCGCAACAUCUCGUUCGUGCCGCAGGCCGUCACCGACAUGGUCCAGGCCCUGGGCAGGCGCAAGCUGCAGGACCAGCCGCCCUGGCUCAUCGGCACCACCAGCCACGAGGGGCUCCAGCAGGCGCUGGCGAUACUCGGCUCACCCGAACUGACGUCUCAGCUGAACGAAGAGCCGGGUAAGUUCCUGCCCAAGUACCUGGGCAUGGUGAUCGAGGGCGGCGAGGACAGGGCAACUGCCAUCGGCCACCGCAUCUGGGACUUCUACAUGAAGGGAGAGGCGCUGGACAAGUCCACAGUCGGCAGGUUGGUCGACAUGAUAGGCGACUACCAGACGCUGUACGGUGUCAGCCGAAGCAUCGAACUGCAUACCAACCACACUGAGACCCCAAUGUUUGUGUACAACUUUGGAUGGAAGCCGAAGGAUAGUAAAGAGCUUGGAGUACCUCGCGGCUCCGACGUACGGCUCCUGUUCCCAGAAGUUUCCGGCGGAUCGAGGAAGACGUACAUGGAGGAGGAGUACAAGCAGGUGGACCGGCUUGUACAAUUCGUUGUGAACUUUGCAAGAGAAAGUGAUCCAACAUACGAGGAGUUUGAAGAACUGGAAGACAUUAUGUGGAUCGACGCCCUGUACAGCAAUUUCUCAUACAUGCAUCUGACUGAGAAAAUGGUAGUAGUAGAUGGCGGAUUGUAUCCUGAGCGGAUGCAGUUUUGGGAGAGUAUCUUGGGUGACAUCAGGAGAGAAGAAGACGCAGCGGAAAAGGCGGAGAAAGAGAAGCAGCAGAAAGCGUGGAGGGAGCGAGAGGAGGAGGAAGAGAGGCUUAAAAAGGCUGAGAACAAAACGGAGGAAGAGGUCGAUCCCAAAAAGCUCAGAGUGGAGCUGUGAUUCCUCUGCUGUUACAUUCCUCAGAAGGGAUACGACAUGUAAUUAUUUGUGUUCACUGUAAACUUUUCGGUAAAUUAAUUAUUUUUACAAAGAACGCAGAGUUUCCAAGAAUGAAUUCCUUGUUCACCUCAGUGCACAUGACAUUCUAUCAAGGGA